AUGGGCAAGGAAACCUGACGAAACCAUUGAACUGAUUUGAGCCUGAGAGGAAGGCGACAUGAGAACACGGUAAGGCGAGAACCCGCAGCGGCCGCCACCAGCAGCAGCAGACAGAGCAGCAGACAGAGCACUGAGAGCAGCAGAGCGGCAAACGGCAACGCAAAAAUUACGCCCUUUGCAUAAGCACCCACGACAGGACAGCGUAUCCCCCAAACCACAGGCGAGACAUCAACGCUUCCGCCCCUGUUCAGCCCCACCCACCACCGGCUCCUGAAGGUAUCGAAACGAAACUUCGAUCCACCACGACAGCUUCCACCCAACAACCAUGUCGACUCCAUUACCACAGCAGGGCGUUGAAUCGGCCAAGAAGGUCACCUUGACCGGCUAUGUCGGUUUUGACACAAUCACCAACCAGAUCGAGAAGAGACUGUUGAAGCGUGGGUUCGCAUUCAACGUCAUGGUCGUCGGCCGCAGUGGACUGGGAAAGAGUACGCUUGUCAACACCCUCUUUGCCGCGCACCUGAAGGAGCCGAAUGCACCUAAGCGCGCCGAGACGCUUCGUCAGACGGUGGAAAUUCAGAGUGUUUCUCAUGUCAUCGAGGAAAACGGCGUGAGGUUGAAGCUUACCAUCACCGACACUCCGGGAUACGGGGACCAGGUCAACAACGAGAACUGCUGGGACCCAAUCGUCAAGCACAUCAAGGAGCAGUAUUCUGCUUACCUCCGCAAGGAGCUCACCCCCGCUCGUGAGCGCCGCAUUCCCGACACUCGGAUCCACGCCGUCCUCUUCUUCAUUGCCCCAACUGGCCAUGCCUUGACACCCCUGGACGUAACAGUGAUGCGCAAGAUCUCCGAAGUCGCCAAUGUCAUCCCCGUUAUCGCCAAAUCCGACUCUCUAACCAUGGAAGAGCGCGUCGCCUUCAAGAGGAGGAUAAAGGAGGAGAUUGACUUCCACGGGAUCCGAUGCUACCCGUACGCCGACGUCGAGGACGACCUCGUUGCGUUGAGCGACCAGGACAGGGCGGAGCGUCAGGCGGUGCAGGUCAUCAGGGAUAUGAUCCCGUUCGCUGUUGUGGGAUCGGAGAGGAAUGUUGUUGUCGAUGGGAAGGCUGUGCGUGGUAGAAGGACGCGAUGGGGUGUCAUUGAUGUCGAAAACGAAAACCAUUGCGAAUUCGUCCACCUCCGCAACUUCCUCACCCGCACGCACCUCCAAGACAUGAUCGAAACCACCGGCUCGAUCCACUACGAAGCCUUCCGCACCAAGCAGCUCGUCGCCUUGAAGGAGUCCACUUCCCAGAUGGCCGGAUCCGCACCGGGAAGCUACCGCGGACAGCCCGAGACGGCGUCCGUUAGCCAGGUCUCUGUCGCUUAGAUUUGCGACGGGCUGAUCUAGAGUUGCCACUCGGUUGAACAGAAACGAACUGAUGCCUUUGGACAAUUUUCGCUUCCCGAACUCUCAACCACACAUUUGUAGACAAUCAGAUCUCACAGACCGUCUCCCGAGCAUUGUAAUCAUAACAUUCCCCACGUCUGAAACCCCAAACUACGUAUAGACUGAAUUCUCCUCCCACAUUGAUUGUGGGGCGGAGGUCCCCGCAAUCCCCUAUGGUUUUUUGUACUCUCAUCUUUUUUUCCUUGUCUUUUACACUCAGACAAUAGAUUUCUUUUGUUUUUCA